CGUCUGCAUUCUGCGCCCGCGGUGGCGCGCACGUGGCGGUGUUGACGCAUGGAGGGUGGUGGUGGUGGCGGCGGGGGCCGUAGCCCCGGUGUCAGUCCUGCGCUGGCGCUCCGCGGGGCCCUCAUGGCCGCCAGCGGGGGAGGCCGGCUCCUGGCGGCGCGGUACAGGGAGGCCGGUGAUGAUAAUCUCUUCGUGUAUGAUUGCAUCAACGCGGAGAAGACCUUAGGAAAUAAACGACAGGAUGGAAACCCAACAGAUAAAGGCAGUGACGACAUCCUAGCUUUUGCCUUCUCCCCAUCAGGAGAUUAUUUUGCCUUGACAGAUGACAACAAACGUCUGAUUCUGUUCCAUACGAAGCCUUCCUGGGAAUGCGUUAGUGUCAGGUUGGUGAAAAGGAGAUGCACUUCCCUGAUAAUUACAGCUGCAGAUGAUAAGAUUCUGGUUGCGGACAAGUCUGGUGAUGUCUAUUCUUACUCAAUAACAGAACCCCAAGCAGAAGGAAAACUUGAGCUGGGUCACUUGUCUCUGCUGUUGGAUGUGGCACUGAGUCCUGAUGACCAAUAUAUCCUCACUGCAGACAGAGAUGAGAAGAUCAGAGUCAGCUUGACAAAGGCUCCUUAUUAUAUUGUGUCCUUCUGUCUGGGACACAGAGAGUUUGUAAGCAAAAUACUUGUAAUACCCAACUACCCUGAUCUGCUGUUGUCAGCUUCUGGGGACUCGACUCUGAGACUUUGGGAGUACAAAAGCGGGGAAGAAGUGUACUGCUGUCAUCUAAGUAGCAUCUGUGGGUCAGAGACAACAAAACCUGACCAGAAAUACCCUGUGUCAAGAAUAACAUACUGCUGCGAAGGUAGUUACGUCGCCAUUCUAUGUGACCGUAUUCCCGCAGUCUACGUCUUUCAGCUUGAUGCCAUUGCCCAACAGCUAGUUCACAGACAGAAGAUCUCUUUGAAACAUAAAAUCUGGGACAUCGCGUUUGAGGAGACGGGAGAUCUGUGGGUCUUGUCGGAAGACAGGGAAGCUCCUCUUCACUUGUACAGACCAUGUGAUGGAGAGUGGAAGCCUGUAACUGAUGACAAAGGAUUACAGAAGAUGUCAAAAUACCUGCAAGACAACUGGACAGUGUUUGAAGGUUUUGUUGGCACAGAGAGGCACUACAGCAGUCUCUAUAAGGCCUCGUUUGAUAACAUGGCCGACUACCUACAGAGGAAAGAGGAAAGGUUACAGCAGCAGAAAAAGAAAAGGCAGGAGGAGCUGCAACGUGGUUCGAAUGGAGAAACAAAAAAGAUGAAGACUGAAGAAUCAUCGCUAUGACACUCUUGUUAGCUUGUAACUUUUGGCUCCUUGAAAGGAACUGAUCCAACUGUGCACUGUUUUUUAAAUGUAAAAUGAAUUAUGGAAGAAGACUGGUUUAAACUUCUAUUCAGAUUCAGGUUUUCAGGUAGCCUGAUAUGAAAAUAUCCUGCUUGCAGCAGAUAAUGUAUUUACGACAUGCCUAAGCUUCUAGCAGCACACAGGUGUUAGCGGUUCAGUCCUAGGAAUCUCUAAUGCACGAUAUAUAAAUAUUGGAGAUGGUAUUUUCCUCGAAACAAGAUUUCCUUUUUGCCUACUGUGUUCAGGCUUUCUUCUUCAGGUGGAAGAGCACAGACUUCAGUUGAUGUGACUUCUUCAUUUGUUUCUUUUUGUUCGGGGUUUGUUUUUUAACUUUUUAAAAGGUCUGUUAGCUAAAGUAACUUUGUGUACCUGGCUAUUGGAAAGGGAAUGUAGUAAAACUCUUGCUGUAUAUGAAAGGUUUUAGCUGAAACUUCGCCAUUUCUGUUUUUACCUUUUAUCUUCAGUUUAUAUGGUAGGGAUUCUGCCUAGCUUCUAAUCCAUUACUUCUUACUUGUGGGAUAUUUCUUAGGAAAAAGUGCAAAAAUAGAUUUUUAUACACUGGUAAGUAAAAGUAAAAUGUGUCAGUCAACUUUGUGUUAUUGGAAGAUCCUUCUAUUGCAAUAUGAUCCUAGUGUGUCUGUGAAAAUUAUUUGAGCACCCUAUGUGCAAAACUUGGACACUGUUCUGCUUCUUUCAACAAGAACUCUUUUAUGUUGCAGUUAGCCAAGAAGUACAUUUUUUGGAAAAGUUAUGGAAGCCUUAUGGGAUCACUUGUUGCUUCAUCACAGGGCAGAAGAUAGGCAUUUAUCUACCAGAUGGCAUCAUGUCUAUUUGGAAUAUAAUGUACUUCGUAAAACCAGAUGUAGAAAUCUGUACAAUCCAUUAAAAGUAUUCAGAAUUAGCCCACGAAUCAUGAGUAGUUCUCCAGGUCUCUUUAUAUAGCUGUUCUCUUUGGAGUAUCUAGACACUUAAAAAUUUUGCAGUCAAAUUUUAGUUACACUGAUGUGUAAGACAUUGAGGUGUAGCUUGUUUUGAGAAUAGCAGGUAUUCAACAGUGAAAUUAAGAACUUGCUGGUUAUGUCUGCUCAGAAUUGCAGUCUUGUCCUUAUUGCAUGUCCCGGAGGCUAUGACCUUGUCUCGUGCUGUAGAAUAUCACAUGGAUUUUCAUAUUCCUUCUGUGUGGAAGUGUCUUCUUAAGCACAGAGACAGUCCUUCACAUCCACCGUCUGAUGUCUUUUGGUGAUUACUUCUAAGUAAAGAGCACUCUGCCUUGGCAAAGGUCUCUUUGGACAAAAAAAUGUGAGGUGUCAAGAGUGGUAUUGUCUGUUCUGGUUAAAAGUCUCAAUUGUGGCAGGAGCUGCCUUGGCGUGAAUAAAAUACGAAGUUUCUACUCUGUGUACAGUAAGAAUGCAGUGUUGCAUGCAGAGAGAUUAUGGUCUCAUGUAGCAAUUCUGGCCCCUCUGUCCAAUAUCCACAUACCAGUGAUCGGAGGUGAUUCUUUGAGUAUCACCAAAUCAAUUGGAUGCUCCUGGAUUACACUGGGUCUUGAACAGAGGAGAAGGUGGUAGGUGGGUAUAUUUGGGCUUGAUGAGGAGUUUUGCCCCCUCAGGUACAAUAACCCUUUUAUUAGUGAGUCUGCUGAGAUAAAUGGACCUGACUUGACCUAAUCUGGAGCAAGUAGUUUUGAGCUGAUGUGUUUUUCUGUCUUUUAAGAGAGUGCCUGAAGGACCAAGCUGGCCUGGUGGAGCGGCUCGCUGGCUGUUACAGCAAAGAUCUGGCCUGGCGUGGAGGCUCACCCCUAGGACAAGGUUUCUGUCUGAGCAUCCUGAGUGCCUGAAGGCUCUUGUGCCACAUGGACUCCUUGUCAUUUCCUAGAAGUUGGGUUGGGCAGUUUCUUGGUUUGUACUGUUGACUGGUGAGGAUCAUGUUCUCAUACACCUGGUGUCUGUCUUUAGCUGUGCUGUAUUAGAAGUAAUUAUUUCUGCAGUACAUCAUUGUAUGUGUGUGCAUGUGAUGUCAUACAAAUGAAGCAAAUGCUUUCCUAUAUUUAGGUUGGGAAUGUGGUAGGAGGCUUAAAUUUAGAGCUCAAAUGCAGAUGUGAGGCCCAGCUGCUUGGUUUGCUGUCAAUUUGUAGCUUCCCCUUCUCCAAUGGAAGAUGUCGAAUGACAGGAAUGGAGCUCAACAACAGGAAGGCAAAUUUCCUGGUAGUUUGCCUACAUCCCAUGCUGAUAAGAAGCUACAAUUAAGAAACCCUGUAAUUUCAGUCGUCUGAAGGACAGUUGCAUGCAUGAGGUGAAAACCUAUGAUACUGGUGAUGCAUAUUUUUUGUGGUCCUCAAGAAAGGAUGAGAAAUUGCUGUCUUAAGUGCUUGAUAUUGGUAACUUGGAAACAGACACCUGCUGUUUGGUGGUGGCUGUUAAAACUUAGUAGUUCUUGUAUUCAUCAAAUUUAAGAGGGAAAGCAGUUGGGGAAGCAAUUAAGGACACUCCAGCCCCAGGGUGUAGCUUUGUGACUGUUCAGGUGAGGGGUUCAGUCGUGCACAGAUCCAGUAGUGUGAUGUUACCAGGAAUGGGCCAGUGCUCACACUGCUUGUGACCUAGACAGGACAGGAGGAAAAGGAUCAGAGUAGGGUUUUGUUUCUUUUUUUUUUUUCUGGUGUUUUUGUUUUUUUGGUGGUGGGUUGUUUGGUUUUUUUUUUGCUAAUUGUUGCUGAGGAAGUUAUUCCUGCUGAUACAAAGCAAACUGGAACAUUUCUGAACAAAUUUGAAUCUGCAGCAGGAGUCUGUAUUGGAUUACUCGUGCGUGUCAUGAGGUAAUACCGGCGUUGAGGUGGUGGUUGUGAGCUAAAGGCGGGUCUCUUUUGUGUCAUCAAACCAUUAUUUUAGCCAUAUCUUCAGAGAUUGGGAGGGCUGGUCCCAGGAAUUGCUCUGCUGCUCUUACCUGAGCAUGGGAGAGGGAUGCAGGGAUGCUGGAGGCUGCGAGCGUGCAGGGGCUCUCCUGCAGGGGCUGGCAGGGCAGGUCACCUGCUCUCUGACACUCCUGCUCACCACAGGGGUUUCUGCCCAACCCUGCCUUCUCUUGAGCUGCUUUGAUGUUGAGUGCUAUGAGUCCGUGUGCAUAAACAAAACCAUUUACUCCUAGAGGAGGAAAAUCUUUUGAGGAGGACACCGAUAACUGCUUUCAGGGGGUUGGUUGCAGAUCCUGUGUGGGGUUUCGGCACAAGCAUCGGUAUUGUUAGACUUCUGAAGGAUAAAAGGCUGCUGUGUUGGCAGUUCCUCUCCCCAAGGGGUGUUUGUUCCCAGCUGUUUUCUCAGCGCGGGAUAGGCCUUGGCAGUGAUCUUCAGUGGCUGUGGGGUGCUCUUGUGAUCCUCACCCUGCGUGCUGUCCUGGAAGAAACCCAAAAUUCCUUCCAAUGCUUGAACUCAUGACAGAUCGUGGUGUGUGGGCGUGACAUGAGAUGUGAUAUCUGCCAGACGACUCUCAUACCUUUUUGUUCUUUUUCCUGCAAGUUUUCCUUUCCUAUUCCAUUUCAUCUUUCCUUUUCUUCAUGCAGCAGUUCCCGAGCUGAAGUUGUGAGGCCGUGUGUGUCUGUGUGCUGCUUUGAAGGGGUCUGUGAAAAGUGAUCAGAGGAAGGACGCUUGCUGGAAGGUCUAAAUCCACUGUAGUGUGCCUACACCUUGAAUGGGAAAUGGUUAGACACCCGCACAUCAUUAAAAAGGAGUGAAUGCCACCGCUACCGAGGGUGAGACAACACUCCUCUCCCUGGUAUUCGAACUAUUUAUUUCUAGUGGUUAAACCUGAUGUCGGUUGCUUGUGUUUAUUUUCUGAACUUGAACCGAGGCGUGUACGUGUGCCUAGCGAAAAGGGGGACAGGUCAGCUAGGGUGUAGCUUUAUUGCAGAACUGGGAACCCUCAACCCACUGCGAGGGGUAUUUGUGUGCCACGUAAGUUCACCCCACGCUGCUCUAGACUCUUUUAUGGUGAUUGCGUGACUCCCCUGCUUCUCUCCUGAGCACUGGCGUUCCGAGGAGCCUUUAAAAAUGGAGGCAAGGGAAAAGUCGAAGCAAUACCGAGUUUCUUUUCCUCAGCAUUUUAAACUGAAACGUGCUUCCUACCUACAUCACUGGGAUUUCACUGAAACUCCUUCAGGAACAUGUUGGACUGAGUGAUCUUUUAUCUGUUGUAGCAGAAAGGAAUCCUAAUCAAACGCAGCCCAGUAGCGUGCUUUAGAACAGCCCUCACGUUUUUAACAAACCCUUUUACUCUAUAAAAUGUCUGUAAAUAAAAAUGUUCCUUUCUUUUUUUAAAAAAAAAAAUGAAUAAAUCCUGAUGCAAUACA